CAAAGUCUGGAAUCAAUGAGCAGACGAACAAUCAUGGCGCUUGUCCGAGCAUCGUUGAGUCUGUGCCGACAAUCCGGACUUAUCUCCGCGAGAUGCAUUUCUACAGCACAAGCUUCGAGAGCGCAAUUCUCCAUUCAAGACAAGGAGGACUUCAAGUCUAAAGUGCUAGAGAGCAAGAAACCGGUUGUCGUCAACUUCCGCGCUAACUGGUGUGGGCCCUGCAAGAUGCUGACCCCUCGCUUGGAGGCUGCGGUGGACGCGAGGGGCGACAAGCUGGACCUCGCCAAAGUGGACAUCGACGACCAGGCUGACCUUGCCUUUCAGUACGAGGUUGAAGCCGUCCCAGCCGUGAUAAUGUUCAAGGACGGCGAAGUGACGGACCGUUUCUUGGGUCUCAAGGACCAGGACCAGAUCGAUAGCUUUCUUGACAAGGCCAUCGGGGCGUGAUGCAGUUUUCCGCAAUUCAUCGCCAUAGUUUGUUCUCGUUAAGUGUUGUAAAUAAAGUCCCCUUCUACAAGGUUGGAA